AUGAGUAGAAGGCUCCUACUGCUUCGAGUUAGGGGCCUAGACUGCCCACGUUCAACAGCGCGCAGCACAGAUGCUCCACACGCAUCUUUGCUCCCUUUGCCCUCUGCCUCUGCAGGGAUCCGCUCGCGCUUCCAACCGCCUUCUCGCCAAGCCAACUGCCAUUACUGGGGCUGGGAUCCAGGGCAUCAAGCCAUGCUGCGCUAUCUGUUCCUGAUCGUUGGGCUCAUCUGGGUCCAGACAGACCGUAAUUCUGAACUACUACACGUGCAAAUUACAGUUCCGGAGAAAAAAGAGUCACAAUCAAAAGAUGGAGUUGAAUCAAAUGUGUCCUACAACAUUGUAAUUGAUGGCAAAAUACACACUGUGAAGAUGAUGCAUAAAGCUUUUUUAUCUUCUGGUUUUCAAGUUUAUGGUUAUAAUGGCACGGGAUAUAUGAAACCUUUUGAACAACAGAUUGAGAAUUUUUGCUACUACCAAGGAUACAUUGAAGAUUAUCCAAAUUCUGUGGCAAUCCUUAGCACAUGUACUGGACUCAGGGGCUUACUACAGUUUGAAAAUGUAACUUAUGCAAUUGAGCCCUUGGAGCCUUCUAUUGGUUUUGAACAUGUGAUUUAUCAAGUAAAGCAUGAGAAUACAGGUGUUUCUUUAUAUGCUGAGGAGGAUAUGGAGUCAAGAGACAUACCCUAUACAAUUCAAAGUGUUCAGGUACUUAAAGGUGUAUCUAAAUAUAUAGAAUUGCAUAUUGUAGUUGAAAAAAAUUUGUACAAUUAUAUGGGUUCUGAUACGGCUGUUGUCACUCAAAAAAUGUUCCAGUUAAUUGGAUUGACUAAUGCUAUUUUUACUUCAUUUAAUAUUACAAUAGUUCUAUCUUCAUUGGAAUUUUGGAUAGAUGAAAAUAAAAUUCCAGUAACUGGAGAUGUUAAUGAAUUAUUACACAGAUUUUUAAAAUGGAAAAGAUCUUACCUUGUUUUGCGUCCACAUGAUAUGGCAUUUUUACUGGUUUACAGAGAAAACUCAGAUUAUGUUGGUGCAACCUUUCAAGGAAAGAUGUGCAAUAGACAAUAUGGAGGAAGCAUUGCCCUGCACCCCAAAGCCCUAAGUCUGGAAUCACUUGCAGUUAUUAUAACUCAAUUACUAAGCCUUAGUAUGGGAAUAGUUUACGAUGACAUUGAAAAAUGCCAGUGCUCAGGAGCAGUCUGCAUAAUGAACCCAGAAGCGAUUCAUUCCAGCGGUGUGAAGACCUUUAGUAAGUGCAGCAUGGAAGAUUUUUUACAUUUUAUUUCAAAACCAAACUCCCAAUGUCUUGAAAAUCAUCCACUGUUAGAUCCAUCAUACAAAGCUGCAGUUUGUGGUAAUCAAAUAGUGGAAGAAAAAGAAGAAUGUGACUGUGGGACUCAGGAGCAAUGUGCUCAAAACCCAAACGAAUGCUGUGUGUCUGGCACGUGUAAAUUAAAAGCAGGUAACAAUUGUGACAAAGGACCAUGCUGCACAAGUUGUCAUUUUACAGAAAAAGGACAAUUAUGCAGGAGUGCCGUUGAUGAAUGUGAUCUCCCUGAAUAUUGCAAUGGAUCUUCUGCAUCAUGUUCAGAUGACUUGUAUGUUCUAGAUGGUUUUCAAUGUGAUGAAAACAAAUGGAUCUGCCUAAAUGGAGUGUGUAACAGUUUGAAACAACAAUGUAUGGCUAUAUUUGGUAAAGACGCAUCUGAAGGUCCUCCAGAAUGUUUUCAGGUCCUUAACGCUAUGACUAAUGAAUAUGGCAGUUGUGGUUCAGAUGCUUCAGGAUACAAAAAGUGUGACACUAAAGAUAUAAUGUGUGGAAAAUUACUAUGUAAAUAUACAGGUGAAAAUGCACUUGAAAUUCGAAAUGCCAGUACUAUUUAUACUAACAUACAAGGACAAAUCUGCGUGUCAUUGGAAUAUGCAUAUGAUCAUGAACAGAGUGCACAAAUGUGGGUAAAAGAUGGAACUAUUUGUGAUACAAAUAAGUUUUGCAAGAAUAAGGAGUGUGUACAAAAGGACUUGACUUAUGAAUGUGAUGCACAAAAAUGCAAAUCUCAUGGUAAAUGCAAUAAUAAAAAGAACUGUCACUGUGAACCCAAUUAUUUACCUCCAAAUUGUGAAACUCAACAAGAUAAUUGGCCUGGAGGGAGUGUUGACAGUGGCAAUUAUCCACCUAACACAAUGCAUAUACCCUAUAUUGAGAAUGCUUACUCUCACAGACCUACAAGAUGGCCAUUUUUCCUACUCAUUCCUUUUUGCAUUGUUCUCUGUGUAAUGAUAGCAACCCUGGUAAAAGUUUAUUUCCAAAGAAAAAAAUGGAAAACUGAGGAGUAUACAAGCGAUGAGGAACUUGAAAGUAAGAGUGAACCCAAGAGCAGCCUGGAGAACAGCGAAUCCAUAGUAUUAUAG